CAAAAUUAACAAGGGCUGAAGAAAAACUGUGGGAUACACAGUUCUCCCGGCUGUGAAUUUAUUCUUGCUCCUGUGUGGAAGUGACUUACAGAUACUAGCCUCUGUGCUAUUUAAAGUGCUACAGUGAAGCUGGUUAGUCUACAUUGGCAAACGAAGGAGCCCUAACAAUUUUUGUUGGACUGAACUCAUUUGACUUUUAAUUUCCAUCUGUGCUCUUGUUGUGUGCAGUUGUUUGGAAGGGAGAAGUGAGCAAAUCUGGCUUGCAUAGAACAGAUGAUUCGGUUGUCAGAAGCGAAGUGAAGGCUGUACUGUACUUGAAUGCAGUUUAGCCGUGGAUCAGGAGAGGGAGUCUAGGAGCUCUGAAAACCAGAUUUAGGGGGUGGGGUCGUUGCCUUUGGCUGCUCCACCCUCACUUUGUGUCAGCAGGUAGAAAGUGCUUGCAGUCCCAGGGGAGGGAGGCAGAGAGCAGAGAGUACAAGCUACGAGCCACAGGUUUUUUUGGGGAAGGGUUUUUGCCUCCCAGGAGCUGAUCCAGUAGUGCUGUUCUGGAAAGGAAGCUCUCCCACAACCUCUGCAGAGCUGCCCAAGUCCACUCUACCCCACGGUUCCCUGCUACUCCUUUGAAGAACAAGAUCACAUUCUCCCUUAAAGCAACCUUCCGAAGUUUGCCGCUGGAUUUCUGCUGUUUGAAGCAACUUCUUUCCUGCUCCCUGCUUAGACUUGCCUACUGUAUCUGCUGAAAGAAGGGGAGGUUGUUCCGCUCCAACUCAAAAGGAGUUUUCAGAAGUGCUCCUGGAUUCCUAGCAAGAUUUUUUUAGGUUGCUUUGGAAGCUAGAUUGUCGCCACGCCUGGCCCACGAGUCUUCAGCCUGGAGUCAAUUUUUCCUUCUGAUUCAGACUGGAAUUUCACAUUUACCUGUAUAGAAUGUCUCUGCAAGUCUCCUCACUCUCCCCUCACUCCCUGAAAUCUGUAAGUAAGAUUCAGCACACAUUUUGAUUGAUUACUGAAAUAUUUUUUUGUCCAGGAUUUGUAGUGAACCUUCCAGCUGUUACUUAAACCCAUGGAUUCUCAGAGGCAAACUACAUACCAGGUUUGCAUGCCACUUAAAAAAAAUAUUUUCCCUCCUUUACUUGACUGAGCAAACAUUUUCGCAGAUAAAUGUCUAUGACUUUCUGCAGUCAUGAAGAUUUCCUGUGGAUAUUUUUUUCCCUAAUGUUUAGGAUGCCUUCAUUUAUGUUUUCAGUGAUGCACAUCUAAAAGCGGAUAUAUUAAUUCCGAUAUUCGCAUAGGAAUGGAAUAAAAUGCACAGGUGUCUCUCUCUGUAGUUGUUUUUCCUGUUUGGGGCCUUUUUAAAUUUCUGAGAUCUGAAAAACAUCUGAGCAAUGUCUUGUUCCUUUCAUGAAUUUAGGGAGUUGCAGAUUAUACCAUCUGGAUUAAAAAUGACAAACGGGUGGAAAAUUCCAACCUAGAAGAUUGAUUCUAAUACCCACAACCAGGUGACUGAGGUGUUGGCACCAGAGGCAGGUAAAGAGAAAUAGAUGAAGACAUAGCUGAUGACAGUGAUCUUAAUUUAACUUGAAAAAAACUGAUUGACUGUUCUGACUCCGAAAUGGAGCCCCUUCCCAGUCACCAUUGCCUGUUCAUGUGUGGCAUGGAAAGGAGAGAGAGACAAGAAUAGUUAAUGUUCUUGGAGAGGAGUAGAUGGGAAAAGUAACUCACUGGCCAGAAGUCAACAAGGGCUGCUAAGGCCAUCUGAUAUCGGGAUUGGCCCUGUUUGCCAUCCUAGGAUAUAAGAGGCUAAAAGGAUUUGGGAAGCAGAGAUUGUCUUUCCAUGGGGAACUGCCUCUCUCCAACCACCAGCUCUGACACCCUUCCCAGAAGAACCCAAGAGCUCUUUGUACCCUACGCUCCCCGAGCCCCCUUGGUUCUGCUUACAACGUCUGAGUUCAUCUGGAGGAGGAGGAGGAAGAGGACCUGACCUGAUCCUUGUAAUCUUGUGGAGCUUGAGGCCUUCAUACACGUGGCACAGAGAAACCCUCCUAGCACAGGGAAAACAAGGAGAACCCGGAGGUAGGGACGGCAGGUAACCCUGCUCUGUUUUCUCCUCUGACCCAUUGACUGCCGCCGCCACACGGAGGGCUUCUAAUCCUCAACAAUUUUUGCCUGUUGUUGGAACCUGCUGGCGGGGUGAAGACACAUUCCUGAGCAGUAUGUGUGGCCGGAGCGCACUGCUGCACCUGGGAGCAUGAGUGUUGGCCCCCAGCUACAGCUGGCAGUCCUCUGGCCUUGGCUGCUAAUGGCUAUGCUGCAGAUACGCCUGGGCUACUCAGGACUGGCUCUGGUGGCGGCCAUGGAAGCUGAGCGCUCUUUGGCCCAGAAGGCAAUCAUCCGGGUGAUCCCUCUGAAGCUGGAGCCCCUCACACUGGAAGGAGUCUUCGCAAGUGUGGCCGAGGUCACCCCAGCUGAAGGGAAACUGCUGCAGUUCCACCCCAUGUCUCUGUGCAACACCAGCGAGGAUGAGCACACGGUCCCAGGAUUUGUCUCCAUUGUCAAACUGGAACCACCUGACCCAAAUCUCCACCCCUGCCUGUCCUUGGCCAACAAGGCCAAGCUGGCGGGAGAGAGAGGAGCUCGCGCCGUCCUGUUUGACAUCACGGAUGACGAAAGUGCUGUCGACCAGCUGAGAAAUCCGCGAGGGCUCAGUCACCCCGUUGUUCUGAUUUGGGGCCACGAUGCCGAGCUGCUGAUGGGCGUGGUGAACAAGAACCGAGAAGCCCGCGUGAAGAUUGAGGUGAAGGAGAUGGCGGCCUGGCCCGACUAUGAUGUUUGGAUACUCCUCACUGUCAUGAGCACCGUUCUGGUGAUCGUUUUAAUCUUCAUUGUCCGCACUCGUUGUCAGCCAAGCAGAGAUCGGAGUAACGUGCAGGAAGAGACCCUGCAAGCCAUCAACCAGCUGGCCACACGGAGGUAUCAAGCCCGCCGCCGGCAAGCCCCCACGGGGGACUCUGUCAGCACCUGCAGCUCAGCCCCCGUCUGCGCCAUCUGCCUGGAGGAGUUCACCGAGGGCCAGGAACUCCGCAUCAUCACCUGCUUCCAUGAGUUCCACCGGCACUGCGUUGACCGCUGGCUCCUUGAGCGCCAAACGUGUCCACUGUGCAUGUUCAACAUCGUUGACCGGGAUCCUUCCGCCUUGCCCAGGCAUUCCCACGAGGACCCCCAUAACUCAGGACCAGGGCAGAGGCCCCGCUUCUUCCGGCAACACCCUGGGCGUGCCUUGUACCACUUCCCACGGACGGUCCCUCAAAUGCCCCCUGGGAGCUGCUCUUCGACGCUCCCCCACGGACACCCUUUCUUCCACUCCCCGGAGCUCUCCCAGCUGGAUUUGGGGACUAUGCAUUACUUGCCCUAUCGGCCGGUGGGCUUUGAGCCUCCUUGGUGUAGCCGCCAGCCCUCCCUCACCCGAGGCCUGCUGGUUCCACAGCGCCAGGACUCUCUGGGCUGCGAGCCGGGCCUGCCCUCCCGCCGGACCUGCCUGCUGCAGCACCAGCCUUCCUGCCGAGGCCUCCGGGGGCCCCUCAUGGCCAAACCGAACCGUGCCAUUCCUCCGCACCGGGGUAUCCGCCACGGGCGGCAUCAUCAUCACCACAGCAGUGGCUCCGGGGACAGUUACCUCACGGAGCCCAGUGGGUACCUCCCUGACGGACCCGGGAGUGACUCCAGCUCAGGUCCUUGCCACGGAUCCUCCAGCGAUUCCAUGCUGAAUUGCACGGACGUGAGCCUCCAGGCCAUCCAUGGAAGCUGCUCCACUUUCCGCAGCUCCCUGAGCAGCGAUUACGACCCAUUCGCCUUCUGUGGCUCCGAGAAGUCGGCCCCAGAAAGCUGCCCCACGCCCUCUCCGUCGUGGAGGGACCCACGGCCUCCGCUGGUGGACUCGGUGGCAGCAGGCCGUCCUCCGGUGGCCAGUAGCCAUGUCCAUUACCACCACCACCUCCACAGGCACCACCAUUAUGGACGGUGCCCCCCAGACUGUGCAAAUGGCCAAGAACCCGGUUCGCGGAAGGCAAAACCUCCAAGGGCCAAGGCAGGACCUCAUGGCGCCCAGGCGCAGAAACGGACAGAGAAAAUGCCUUCGCAAGAAGGUGGAUCUGCCUCCCUGGAGGCCUCUUCAGCCAGACAGCCCACUUGCUUGCCGCAAGGACAGACAGAGUUUUCUAUAGCAGACAGGUCAAACCUCAAAGCAGCAGACAGUGGUGCUGUUGGGCCAUGGACGUCUCAGAAACGCUGUUUGCAAAUCCAUCCCAGUAGAAGGAGAUGGAAAUGCCCCCUCAAGGCUUCCCCAUCCUCUUUGCCCGAAGACUCAAAUGUGCCCCCUGUCUGCAGCGUUCCCCACCCUCCUGGUCCUGCUUCUGGAAGCUCCUCCUGCUCUGCAGAGGUCCAGCCUCUCUUAGAAACUGGUCCCUCCGGGCAUCUUUUUGCAACCUCGUCGCACUCGGCCACGGAGCCUCAGGAGCAGGCGGACAGGCUGGAGUGCAAGGCCAUGUGUCCUGGGGAAUAUCCGAGGCUGGACACCAUGGGAAAAGAUGCCAGCUUUUACCUCAGCUGCCAAAUUCUGCAAGAGCUUCAGGGAUCUAAAGACAAUAUCCCAGAUGUUUAUGAACAUUCGGUUUGACACGAGGUGAACUUAUUUGCUGUGUUAGGCAGCUGCAGAGAAUUCAAAAAACGGCGCAGAAACUCAGCGAAGAGAAUGGACUUUCUGACUUGCCUUUCCUGUCCGCAGUGUGGUUGUCAGUCAUAAGAAGCUCCUUGUCCACGCAGCCCCUGCUUCACCCACCGUUAAUAUCAUGGUUAUGUAGCUUGCUCCCUGCCUGUCUACCCUGUAUGCAACAUUUGACAAACAUAAGCUGCCAAGGUCACUUGCCUGUUUUCAAAAAAGUUGCCAUCUUUCUGGGGUAGGAGGAGGUUUGGUCCUUUUGUUCCUGGUGUCAGGAGGAGCCAAAUCAUUCUGAAGUUCAAGGGCGAAGAAAAAAAACAAGGUGCUUCCCCCACUUCACUCUGCAGCUCUUUGUAAGUUUGGUAAUCUGUGUACUGCUGAACACCAAAAUGAAAACCCCAGGUAAACCCACUCCCCACACAAAUCAGGCACGAUGCAGUGCAGUUUUGAGGUCAUGCAGAAAGAUCAGCCCAUCCUGGUCCCUCUUUCUGCCAUCUUGUUUGGGAUGGGGCACUCAAUGAGGUUUUGGUUCAAAGCAAAUGUAAUUUGUAAGGAUCAAGCACAUAAUUCCCUCUCACCAACCUGGCUAAGCUCCUGUUGGGAAUCCUCCUGCUCCUGUCCACUUGGGAAUGUUCUUCAUCUUUUCAGUUUUGCACCAAAUCAGAUGCAUGGGAGAAACUCACACAAGCUGC